AGGUCUUGGGUAUGAAGAGUUACAUUCCGCAAGAGGAGACGUUCCUUGCUACUGUGGAUGUUGUGCUCGAGUGGGAGAGGAAGUUCGGGGACAAAGCUUAACCUGUUUCUUGUGUAUGUAAAGAUGUUAUCAGAAAUUAGAUUGUGAAAGUCGUUCGCCAGUUGUGUGUCGGAAAAUGCCGAACCAAUUUGCGCUCUCUUUUGUAAUACCUUUUCUCAGACUCUUAUGUCUACCCCUCCCAAAACUAGUAUUUCUGUGACCACUCAAACAAUUGAUCCUUAUACUCGGGCAUUGGUGGACCUAGUUCAACUCACCAGCCAUGAAUCCCAAGAGCUUGUCAAUGACAACCUCAUAACUAUGGUCGAAUGGGCAGCGAGAUUUGCAGCCUGCAGACUUCGUUACAAACACAUUGUCAAAAUCUAUGAAGAAAGCAGAAUUGCAAUCAGCGAACAGAAUCUUAAGCGUGCCCAAGAUGCCCUUCAAACGGGUGACCUUUUUGUCCUCUCUCGCUCUGAAGUUUCCUGGGAAGGCGAAUGGGUAGAUCCUCGGUGGAAACAGGCAGCGCAACAGCGUUUGGAGAUUGAAGAACAAAAGCGAAAGGAAGAAGAUCGCAGGAGAGUCGAGGAGGCUCACAUGCAUGCGUGGGCCAUUUACAACUUGGAAAAUAAGGAUCUAGAAUAUGAUUACUCUACCGAUCUUGAAGACGAUAACUCUCAGGACGGAUCAGCUGUCAAGUCUAGAUCCAGUACUUCGCCCUCAUCCUCGUUGGGUGGAACUUCACUCGAAAGGGCAUCUAAAAUUGUGGAUACCUCUGUCAAAGAAAGUCCAUCACAAAACCAAUCUAUCUCAAACAACUCAAUAUCUCAAUCCAAGGAUACGGUUCCAACGACGACAAUCUCAAAUGAAGCCCUUGAAGUUCGCAUCAUAGGAAACGCGGACGUAUCCGAUCCUUCUAUGGCAAUGGAGAAACGAAAGUCAUUGACUUGCGAUUACGAUGAAAAUGAUGAUGUUAGUGACAGGAAACGACCUCGAAUAGACAAUGACGAUGAAGCCCAGGACGGUUGUAAAAUUGCUGGUCCAAAGGUUUAUUUUGCGCCGUCCACGCCUGUGGCACACCCGUUGUUACCAUUCGACUACCGGGGGUUAUCAGAAGAAGCCCAGUUAGCUCUUAAAUUUAGACAUUUAAACCCAUUGAGCAGAGAUCAGGAUCAGGACAUCAUUAGCGUUCUUAAAUAUCAUUUUACGCCUGGGUCAAGCAUUCAAGCCACCGAAGCAUGGGUAAAAGAGGUAUCCCAGACUUUGCCUCCGUGUACCCACUGCUAUAAGGUUGGACGUGUCUGUGUCUGGUCUUCUGACCGAGCUAGUUGUGACCGUUGUUGGCAUGCGAGGAAAUGUAGCUUUGGUGACACAUUUCGAUGGCAUCGAGCUUGCAGCCAACUUCCACGCCAUGACCCAAAGGAGAUCCGGAAAAAAAUGGAAGAAAUUGCCUCUCAGAGCUCUGCGUUUGCUUCUUCGGACCCCUUCUGGUACGAAGAAAGUGACUUAUAGAGUACGUCCACUACAUGGCACUGUUUCGAACAAUUCAUUCACAUACACGCUGGAUGAUCAAGCUGAUUAUUUUUUUCAAUUCUCCUAUGCUCCUGCUAGUUACUUCCGGAUAUUCAAAGUGUUCAACAGCUGGAAUUUCCGAUCCCAGUAUUAUCGAUGUAGUCCUCCUUAGUAUCUAGUUUGAUCGUAUAAGCUCUUCCGUUAAUAAUAAAGAACACUAGGCUCGCUCGAAUGAAAAUUGCUAUCAUUUCCUGAGAGAACGUGCCACUGAGAUGGUAGCCACCAGUGCAGCAGAUGAGAAUCAAGAACUGAUACAAGCAACAGAUUUGAUCUGAUGAGGUUGCCGGUUCUUCAAGGUUACGACCAUGGACUCAUGUGCAAUUUCCACCUACAACUGCGUCAAGUUAACGUUCUCACCGAUCUUGUAUCGUCAACACAAA